AGGCCGAACUUGAAUACGAGGCACUUUCAGACGGUUUUAAGGUGCUCAAGAACAGACGCUCGGAGGAGAUCAUGGUUCUCAAGGCCGAGCUAGAACAGCACAAGCUGCAGGAACAGAUCAUCGAGAAGCUGCAAGCUGAUAUCGAUCGGCUCACUUCUGCCUUGGCCUCGGUGGCUGACUCUCAAUCUACUGAGAACGCACGCAUCAACCAGGUUACCGCGGAACUGAACGAAGCCCUCGCACAGAAGGACCAAGAGGUGGUACAGGUUCGCCAGAACAUGACCGAGUUCGAGGAGUCUCAUAACCGCCUUGUAAGCUCCCUGCAGGCUACACUGGCCACCAUCUAUGAGGAGGCGGAUGCCGCCAGGAAGUCGAGAGACGAGGCCGUCGUAGCACUAGAGUCACUUCGAGAGGAGCUCGAGGCCCUGCGACAUAGCCUCCCCAUCAACAGCAAGCACAUGUCGUUGAGCCAGUGGUCUGCUGAGCAGCAGCAAUCGCAACAGGAACAGCUCCAGGCCAUUCGCGACUUGGAGGAGAAACUUGAUGGACAGGUCGAGGGCGUCAAGGGCGAGCAGCAACGCGCUGGUAUUCUGGAGGCCAACACCAAGAGGAGAAGCCAGCAGCUUACAUUGGAUAUGGAGUAUCACUUGCAGCUCAGCAAUGCCAUAGUGCAAAAAUCGGCAUCAGCGUCACCAUCGGCGGCGCCGACGACUCCAGCUGAAAUCGACAGCGACAAGCCUGCGAAGCAGUCUGACGAUACUCCCCAAGUCCCAGCAGCGGAGCCAUUGACCAAAGGUAUCGAUUCCUCUUCGGAGCCUGGUAUAGUGUCUGUUCGAACAAUGCUCAAGUUCUUGUCGCAGCUCCAAGGACGGCCCUCCCACUUGUCCGAUACGACAUCGCACAUCCGUGAUAGUACGGAAACGACAGUAAUGGGCGACAAUGAUUACGACUACGACUACGAGUCUCAGCUCCACGCCUACCUCCUCAACUUGAACGAUGUCUCUUUGAAUGAGCCCUGGGCCAAGGAGAAGGAGCUCGAGGGCGAGAUUAGCAAACUGGAGCAUAGGAUUCAGUCGCUACUCAGCGACUUGUCGCUUGCGAACCAGAAGACCACCGAGGCACAGGAUGCGCUGAAGAGUGCCCAGGCGAAGCAUGAAGCUGAGCUCCAGGAGGAGCGUGACCAGAGGGAUGAGCUCGAGCGACUUGAGAGGUUGGAGCGCGAGGAGAUUGAGCAGAAGGUUCAGGAGGAAAGACGCAUUCGCGAGGAUGAGAUCUUGAAGCAGCAACAAUCCCUCGAGUCGAAGGAAGAGGAGCUGACCUUGAAGGAAACUUCCCUGCGAGAAAAGGAGAAAGUGCUGUUGACAAAGGAGCAAGAAAUGCAAAAGAGAGUCGAUGCUUUCCCGGUGACGCCUCCACUCACGGCCCCGGCUACGCCUUUCGGUUCUCCUAAUAAUAGCGAUCUCCUUCCAGGACUGCUGGCUGCUCACUUUGGCAAGAAGGGUGAUGAUGAAGACGAGGCAGAUCUUGCUGGAGCAGAAGAGAAGCGACAGCAGGAGGCUCUUGAGCGUGAGAAGCAGGCAGAGAUGGCUGCUCAGCAGAUCAAGUUGAUCAAGUCCUUGGAGGAGAAGAUUGCCGAGCUCGAGAAGCGAGGUCCAUUGCCAUCUACCCCGACUGUUGACGAACACCAAGCGUUCCCGUCCCCACCGAUAUCUGUCAGGCCACGGUCAAGUACCGCGUUGUCCAGGAACGGCUCGCAGACGUUGCGAUCAAGCCUAUUAAACAAUCCUCCAGACACGCCUCCACCGACUAUUGCGCUGCCACCAAUUCCGACUUCACCAGAAUACAACGGAGACUCGUCCAGUCCUCGGUCCUCCUCGCCAGCCCAGGAUGAUGCACUGAGUCCUCGCAAGAAGUCGUCGUUGGCACACACUGUCUCGUCGGAAUCUCUUGUCAGCAGGACCGCCAAUGCGGCUGCAGCGACUGAGGCGGCUGUCGCGGCUGCUGUAGCCAAACAGCAAGAAGCGCAGAAGGAACUUGCCUUGAAGCUCGAGCAGGCUGAGGCCGAGCUCACGAAGACGCGGUCAAAGAACCAGGAACUCGAGACGGAGUUGGUCAAGAAGGAGCAGACGAAUAAACAGCAGGGCGGUCCGUCCGUGGAGUUUGAGAUGCAGAAACUGAAGCAGGAGAACACCGAGCUGGCACAGGUGUUGGAGGAAAUCCGGAAGAGUCUGGACCAGGCACAGAACCAGGUUCGGGGACUGGAGGAUCUGAAGUCACAGUUGGAGACACAGGUACAGAAGGAGAAACAGUUGAAGGACGAUGCUAUCCGAACACAGGAUCGACUCCAGACACAGCUCGAGGCGGCCAUGCAGAAGAAGAAGGGAUUCCUGUGCUUCUAAGCGCAGCAAAGGCAAAGGCAAAGGCAAAGGCAAAAAAAAAAAAAAAAAAAAAAAAAGAUACCAAAUGCAAGAUGGAGUGGCCACAGAAUGGGAGAGGGAUCAGGAAUCUCUAUUUAUAUCAUAUUUUAUACCACCUAAUAGUCUACUACCCAUCAUAAUGAAAACCAAAAGAUAUCAAUGUCAAUCUCAAGGCAGUGAUUUCGCGUUUUGCCACC